GCUCAAUUAAAGGAAAACGUGCUCACGUUUUAUUAAUUCGAGGGCUUAAUUAAAGGAAAACGUGCUCACAAAUUAUCACGACCAGAAAUAAUAUCACUUAAAGUGAGCUCUCCCGGGCUCCGUACAAAAUACAGCCCAGAGUGUCAAAACAGUUGGGGCGGAGCAUAAAAAGGGUGUGCUGUGCCCUGCAGAAACACAUGCCCAUACUCUUUUGUUCCCUGUUCAGCUUUUCAGACUCACUUCCCCAUUUUAUUGCAGUGCUCUAUUUCAAGACGUUUCAAGCCUUUUCUAUGGAUCUUAAAACAAUUUUUCAAAUUGAAAAUCUUCAGUCCCAUUAGCAACAAAUUCACUUCAAAACUUUGGGGAAAGACCAUCACAGAAGAGAGAAAAUUGAAGCUAAAUAGCAAAUGGCCUCAAUCGGGCAUGAUGCUCAGUUUGUGGAUGAUCACAGCUCAGAGCUCAUUCAGAGGGUCACCAAUGUUAUGGCCCUGGCUGAUGAACUGCUCUCCAAGGGCAUGCUACAUAACGAAGCCUACAGUGAGAUCAUGGCACAAAGCACCAAACAGAGCAAGAUGAGGCUAAUUUUUGAAACUGUGGACAAAGUGGACCAAAAGAAGUAUGUUCUAUACACAUUGCUGCAAAAGAUUGAACCACAUCUGAUGAAAGAGCUGGAAAGCAACACUGGUACUCAAAUGAAAAGGCUUUUGCCGUCCACUUCUGGUGCUUCUAGUGAGAUCCAGGAAAAAAGAGGGAGAUUCCCAGGUCAAACUAUCAGCGAAUACAAGGAGAGACUGUGCACAAAGUAUGAAACAUUUCAGGAAUACAAUUCCCUCCUUGGUCAACAAGUUCCACUGACUGCUCGCUAUACAAAGCUGCUGAUUGUUCAACGGCACCGUAAGAAGGAGGAGAAGGAGGAGGAGCUCCGGUCCAGGGGCCAGGAGCACAGUGAGGUCCUUAGCUCCAGGUGUGGUAAGGAUGGCAGCAGCACCAGUGUUGAACAGCUGUUCCAUCCUGACGAUCGUGGACGUAUUCCAAAAGCAGUCAUUCUCCAGGGAGAAUCUGGACAUGGCAAAUCCUUUACGGUUCAGAAGAUUGUUCAUGACUGGGCUUGCGGGAACCUCUUCCAGAGUCAAUUUGAGCUUGUGCUUCACUUGAAGUGCAAAGAGCUUAAUCUUUUGUCAGGGGAGAAGAAUGUAUGCAGCUCUGAGUUUGUACCUUUGAUUGAGGAAAUGCUGUCAAAAACACCACAGAAGGUGCUCUUCAUCAUUGAUGGCUUUGAUGAACUUAAAUUCUCACUGGACAACAACACAAUGUCUCCUCCUGAUGCCUUCACACCAGCUCCAGUUGAAGCCACCCUGAGUGCUUUGUUGAAGGGGCGCAUCCUGCACAAAUCCUUCCUUCUAGUCACCACCAGGUCCACAGCCUCAGACAAAUUGAACAAGUUUUUCCGAAAAACUGACCAAGCUUUAUACCCCACGCGUUUCACUGAGAUUCUGGGCUUCUCAGAGGCAGCAGUUAAGGACUAUUUCCAAAGGUUCUUUAUACACCCACAGUUGUCAGAUGAAAUGUACAAGAAUGUGAAGGCAGACAUAAUGCUCUCUACUGCCUGCUCCAUCCCUGUUAUAUGUUGGAUUGUCUGCACAACUUUCAGGGAGCAAUAUGAGGACAGCAAGGGGAAUAUGAAGGGGCUUGAAACCACCACCUCCAUAUUCUUGCAAUUUGUGUCUCUUUUGCUGAACCACCACUGUCAGGGUUUAAAUCAGCCAGCCAUUACCCUGCUGAGGAGCCUUGCCAAGCUGGCAGAGAGGGGAAUACUAAAGAAGCAAGUUCUGUUUGAGGAGAAGUGUGUUUUGGAGGUUGCAACUGCUCCUACAAGCGUUCCUUUUUUAUGCAAGUUCCUCAGACAGAAGAAAAUUGAAGUGGAGACCAUGUUCAGCUUCAUGCACCUCAGUUUCCAGGAGUUUUUCACUGCUCUCCACUACUUCAUAACUGAUAAUAAAAGCUUGAAAAUAGGCUUCCUCGUCACAGAUACACUUAUAAUCCAGAGGUCGUUGAACGUUUAAACAUUUACUGCAGUGGCUUUCUUUCUGUAAUCCCUUUCCUAUUUGGUCUAUCUAAUAGAGAGGUGACAACGCUCAUUAUGCAACAUUACAACAUUUCUGUCUCACCAAGCAUUCGUGCUUCUCUGGAGGAAUGGAUGCAACAUAUGCUUUAUCAUACACAAGAUAGUCAUGAAUAUGGACCUCCCGACUAUGAUUUCUUACUGAACUAUCUCUAUGAGUUACAUGAUGAGCAGUUUGUGCAGAAGGCCAUGAAAUCUAUGGGAUUUAUUGAUUUAUAUGGUUAUGUUAGUGACAUAACCUGUUGGAGGCUUAGAUAUUGCAUCCUCUGUUGUCAUCAUAUCGACGGUUUUGAUAUAUCUGUCAACACAAUAGAAAAGCUCAAGAUGCUUCAACCUGCACUGCCCCGCUGUGAGAAACUGCGGUUGACACUGUGUAAUCUGGAGGAUGCUGAUGUUGAUAGUCUGAUCUCAGCCCUGGAGAAGGCUAAGGUUGUCACUAAGCUAAGUCGCUCUGGAGUAGAGGUCUGCACUCCCCCGGAAGACCAGACGCAAAAGAGUACGGCGCGGGACAACUUUUGAAGUUUUCUUCAAAAUUUCUCUUUGUGGGAGUGGGCGGGAUGAGAGAGGU